UGACGUCAUGACGUCAUGACGUGAAGAGUGAACCACAAUAAGUUACUGUCAGGAUGCGUUCACGGCCCGGUCCACCUGCGGCUCACCUGACCGCGUGACGCGUGUUUACUUCACGGUCACGGAGGAAGCGGCUCCGGUCGGCGGCGACGGGGACAAUGGCGGAUUAACGAGCUUCGGGCCGUUUAACCGACGCUGCGGAGAGAGCUUCGUCUCACGGAGGGAUGUGACCGGCGGCGCAGGAACCGCAGCAGCAGCCGGUGGUGUUUGAACGCUUUUGUCUCUCCGGUUCUCCCGGUGUGACGGUCGGCAGCGAGCUAACGUUAGCGGCAGCUCGGCCCGCAGCCGCUCCGGACAGCGUCAGAAAAACACCGAUUUUAAACGUGAACCGGGUCUAUGUCGUGUUUUGACCGGGUUUAAUGACGGGUCCGGUUGUGUUGGAGAGGAGGAGACCUCUGCGGAUAAUUCGGCUCCGGUAAAGACCUCCUGAAAGACGGACAUCGAAGGAUACCGGAGAGAAAGAAGCUGACUGCAGAGCACCGUCAGAAAAACACCGAUUUUAACGUAAAACUACUUAAUUCAGUGUUUUUAACGGGUUCAAUAACGGGGCCUGUUUGUUUUGCAGAAGAGGAGACUUCUGCGGAUAAUUCGGGUCCCGGUAAAAACCUGCUGACCGUCUGGAUCUCAAGUUAUCAGAGAAACGAGUUCAGCAAACGUUAACGGCAGCGCGGCUCGCAGCCCCUCCGGACGUCCUGAGUCCGCCGAACCGCGUCACAGAAACACUGAUUCUGAACGCGAACCCGGUUUAUUUCGUGUUUAAUCUGGGUUUAGUCACCGGGUCCGGUUCUGUUGGGGAGGAGGAGACCUCUGCGGAUAAUUCGGCUCCGGUAAAAACCUCCUGACCGAUGGACAGUGAAGGAUACCGGACCGAGAGAAGCUGACUGCAGGACAGCGUCAGAGAAACACGGAUUUUGAAGGACACCUCUGCGGAUCAUUCGGCUCCCGGUAUGAUGGGGACUCAGGGACCGGGCAGGAAGAGGAUCCCGAACCGGGAGAGGCUGACCGCUGAGGACGAUGCCCUGAGCCAGAUCGCACGAGAGGCGGAGGCGCGGCUGGCGGCGAAGCGAGCGGCGAGGGCGGAGGCUCGAGAGAUCCGGAUGAAGGAGCUGGAGAGACAACAGAAGGAGGUGUCAGACGAUGAGGAGAGGAUGUCUGUGGGGAGUCGAGGCAGCCUGAAGCCGUCGGACUAUGGAGGGUUUUUGGGCUCCAGUUCUCGUGCUUCCUCCAGGGCCAGUUCAGCUCGCGCGAGCCCAGUGGUGGAGGAGAGGCCUGACAGAGACUUCCUGGAGAAAGGCUCGAGGACGGCGUCGACGCUGUCCGCCGCCACGCUCGCCUCGCUGGGCGGAGCUUCGUCCCGCAGAGGAAGCUGUGACACGUCGUUCUCCGUGGAGACGGAGGCGUCCAUCAGAGACAUGAAGGACUCUCUGGCGGAGGCGGAGGAGAAGUAUCGUAAAGCGAUGGUUUCAAACGCUCAGCUGCACAACGAGAAGUCGACUCUGAUGUUUCAGGUGGAAACUCUGCGGGAGGAACUCAGCGACAUGGAGGAGCUGCUGUGGGAGGCACGUCGCCACGGCGACGACAGGACAAAGGAGUGUGAGCGUGAGCGUCAGGCUCACAGUGUUCUUCAGUUCCAGUUUAAAGAGAUGAGAGACACUCUGAGACAGACUGAAGAGCUGCUGACGGAGGUGUCAGCUCUCCGCCUGCAGAGUGGAGUGUAUUGUCAGGAGAUCUCUGACCUGCAGGAGGCUCUGCAGUGGAAGGAGAAGAAGAUCGGGGCGUUGGAGAGGCAGAUAGAAAUCUCUGACAUCGUUCGGAUCGAACGCGACCGGCUCAGAGACGAGGUGGUCCGACUCCGAGAUUUGCUCAAGAAACACGGAGUGGUCGUCUCUCCUGAGGUCACCACCAACGGGGAGACGGGACUGGACGAGGCUGAGGAUGAUGUCACGGCAGAGUCUGCCUCCCGAUUGGCUCAGGAGCCGUCACAUGGUGGCAGGGAGAGCAUGCUGGGAAACGUUCGAGAGCGGCAGGCAGCAGAUGUGCACAGCAGCUGUUGGAUUUAUCAACAGUCCCGGUCGCUGAGCGUCAUCUCCACCAGUGACCGAACCAGAGCAGACACUUUAAAACAAGCGAAGGGGACGAAUAAACAGGCUAGAGACAGAAAAGACAGAGCAGAGAAACGUCCAGGCAGGAACGAAGGCGCAAACAAACAACCCAGAAACACAGAAGGCAUUUAUGAUACAACCAAGAAAACCAGGCAGGACACAAAUCUUCUGCUCAGAAACGAAGGAAUUAAAAAACAACCAAAGCCAAAAUCUGCCGUCACCCGAUCAAUAGUUCAUAAUCAGGCUUUUAAAGGCAGAACCAGACCUGACAGUGAACCUGGAGUCACUUCAUCCUCAGUAUCACACCAGGAUGUCCUUGUGAUAGAAAUGGAGCGCUCCUUUGAUGAAGGAAACCCCAAAACUCAGAUAAAUGUGGGAGGAACUCGACUGAUGGCAGUUUCAGCUGUUGGCAGAGCUUCAGCUGAAAAAAUCCACAAAUCAAGACUCGUUCCACCUCGAACUGCUGAAGACAUCAUCCUGGACAACAAGGCCUUAGCGAGUAUCGUGACUGCUGGAAAACAAAACUGUCUGACUCAAGAGAAACAAAAACAAGAUGUGGCAGCUGUGGUGGAAAAUGAGACUUCAUCUUCUGACAGAGAUGUUGCUCAAACAUCUUCGUCUGCUGUCGAUCAGAGUUUCCAGAAUCCAGACGAAGAUGAAAGAACAAGCAGGGAUGAAGGUUGUUCAGAAAGAGUCGAGCCUGAUAUUUCAACUGUGUGUGCAGAAGAAAAGAAAACUAAUGAGAUCGUUGCUCAGAUGUCAGUAAACUCUUUGAAAGAAAAUGAAUUUGCUGAGAUUGAACAGUGUGAUGAAGUUACAGAAGUUCUGACAGAUACAGAAACGGAGACGUUUGUAUCGAGGGUUAAAACUUCUCUCAAACACCAACAAGAGACGAUUACAGAGAAUCAGGCUGAGUUACGUUAUACCGACUUAUCUGAAGGUCCAAACUUUGAGACCAAACUGAGAACCAUGGAAGAUGAUUUAACUCUUCCAGUGGUGAAGGCCAUGUCUGAUGAAAGGUGGGGAACACCUGAGGAACAUCAGGAACCUGUUAAAGAAGUUCUUCAGAUUCAGGACACAAUUCAACACAAUUCCUCUGAACGUCCAGACCAUGAAGAUCAGACUGAAGAGCCGAAGUCAUCGACUGUGUCGGCAUUCGUCUCCAGUGACACGUGGAAGGACCGGAGCGGUUUGGAAAAGAUGUUUCACAGCGUGCUACAAGGGUUUAUGGAAGAUCGAGGUUUUGCUGCUGAAAUCUCACAGCGUGUUCCAGAAAUCACAGAAUUUAUUCAACAGUGGGUUUCAGAUUUGGAGAAAGGAAACGCGUCGGAUCAGAUGCAGAACAAACCUUCUCCGUGUGAGAGAGUCGACCAUGAAUCAGCAGGACGAAUAAUGGAGACUGAACUACCUGUGAAAGACUCACCAGGAGGAAGUAAAUCUGCUGUUAGACAUGUAGCGAUAACCAAAGCCUGUUCAGUCUCAGAGAUGUUGGAAGUUCCUUCUUUACAGGCACAUCCUCAACCUGAGGACGUCUCCGUGGACUCAUCUGGUUCCUCGAGUAAGGUUUGUGAAGAUGAUCAGGAUCCUCCAGCAAGAGAUGACCAGGAAGCUGCAGAAAACACCUCAGGAGUCUCAUCCGGCGCUUGUGACCCUGAGAUGGAAGUCGACGAAUCCUCCGCUGAAGAUGGCAAGCUCAGUCAGAGCUGCUCCGAGGACUUCAUAUUUAUCAGCUCCUACUUCGCUGAACCCGUCAAGACCAGAUCAGUGGAGUCUGGGUCGGAUGCAUCAACAGAUCCAAAGAUGUUUGUAGAAGUCGUCUCUGAACAAAAAGAACAAAGUGAGAUCGUUCCUGUCGAAGAUUUAAAUGAGACGCACCUCGAACCGCAUCGAACAUCCUCCACAAAGUCUCACGUUGUCGGCCAAAGUUCAAAGGUCAGAAGACUUUUAGAAAUAACAGAUGAAAUCAGGGCGAUGGCCGUUCCAGAGUUGGCCCUGAUGAGCCUACAGGAAGGAAGAAUCAUAGAGGAUCGAUGGAUCGACGAGUCGCCGGGACUGAGUGUGGAGGUACAGGAGGAGGCGUCAGUCGCAGACACGGACAGCUGCGAGGAGGUCGACGAGGAGGCGACACAGCAGCCGGCAGAGCGACAGGAAGGGCGACCGGAGGAGAAACACCUGAGUGGAAGGAGAAGAGUCUGUCUCCACAAACACAAAACUGAAUGCAAGAUUUCAUAGAUUCACAAGAACAAACUCAGGUCUGAAAACAAACAUCUGCAGAUAUUGUCUGUGAAUUUACUUUAACUUUGUUGCAAGUUGUUGUAUUUUAUAUAAUAUAAAAGAGACACGUUCUUUCUUUUUCAAAGCUUCAUUGUCGGAAAGUGAGACGUAAUAAAUCCAAACUUCAGUAUUUUGUAAAUGUAGUCUCUGGUGUGUUUGGGAGCGUCUGACCACUGCAAGAGAGACGGCCCUAAAGUUGCUGGAAGUAGGAGGUCCAAGGGGUCACUGGCCCCCACUUUACCCUCCUGUAUCUCCUCAAAUGCCCCUGUAGUGCAACACUUACGGUAAAAAGAUGUUUCAGUCGUUCCCGUCCAAUCUGAGACAUCAGGUCAAAUAAAUCAGGCAAACAUAAAACGGGAAUAAUGUUUUCAUUUUAAUCCAAUCAAAGAGGACAAUGUCACACAAAUCUAAUGCACACAGUGAACACAGCAACCAGCGGAACGGUUUCAGUGCUGCGUUACGUUGUUUAAGUCUGAUGUCACGUUGAAAUGAAUGUCCGAGUUUAUUCAGGCUGUUUUCGGCUGUGAAGGACAUUUAGACUCCAGCAUGUUGGCGUGUUGAUGAUAUAUGAAGGUAAAGCAGGAGGAAAGUCAUGUUUUAAGGCUGCUGACGACAUUAACGUUCCUAUUGGCUGCCUGCUGGUCACUCAGUCCUGUUACUGUCCUGUAAGCUCGUAGUUUUUGGUAAUUAAAGACAAGAAGCUGGUAUCGAAUCCCACAAGCUGCUUUUAGUUUGGGAGGAUACAAACAUCAACAUGUUAACAACACAUUCUGAGUUUUUCACCACUAGUUUCACUAUGGAUCAGUUAAUAUUGUGUUGUUAUGAGUGCUGCUCCUGUUUAUGGACAGUUGGUGGCAGCAACGCACCAACAAAGGCAGUGAAGAAGAUGUUUGUAUAUGUUGUGUGAAGGAGGGAAACACAUUAUUAAGUCUCAAGUGUUAAACAACUUUAGUUUAAAGGAAGAAGAAAACUCCACAGCGCUCCUUUAACUUCUCAUUUUAAAGUCUGUUUUUCUCAUAAAUC